AAGUUUCGCAUUUCAUACUUUUCCAAAAACGAUGUCGUAUCAUUUCACAAACGGCAGAGUCGAUAUAUUUCCCCAUCUUCCGAACAGUUUGGAGACCUCCCACAUAUAUAUACGGAAAACCCCGACACUAUCCCUUCCUAACCGAACCUUGCAUUUCUAACAGAUUCGCAUCGCUUAUAAUUUUCCGUCAUAUGUCUCUUUACAUCACGCGCUCUCGACGCGCCACUAUCUGCAUCAUUAUCGCCGCCGCUCAGGCCUAGGUGUUUCUUCCAUAAGGAUUCUCUCUUUUUAUUUAAGCGUCCAAACGAAGCCUUAGCAAAAGAAUGGAGCUUUCAAUCGUUCAAGAGCCAUGCCAACAUUUACUGCUAUAGCUUUGGAUAGGUUGUUAGAACCUGGAGCUUCCAAAUCUGUCAACAAGUCUGGUCCUAAUUUAAAACCACCUAUCCCCAACCCAAAGCCUAUUCCUAACUCCAAGCUGGAGAGGACGAAGAACAAUAUAUCAGUAAUGGAAAGGAAGGUUAAUCGCCCCCAAAUUUCACCUGCCCUCUAUGCUACUCCUGAGGCAACCCCACUACCUGAUUCACCAUCCUCUUUCCCUCCUUCUCCUUACAUCAUCAAUUACAAGCGCCGUGGGCCUUGCCUUUUGAAGAGAUUUUCUGAGGACAAUGUAUCAUCUCAGAAAAAAACCCUUCAAGAAGAUGAGGUUAAUAGUAAUGCAAAGCUGGCAGAAACCAAAUCUGUUGAUCUAUCCAAGGAUGGUUCUGUUACUUUUCGUAUUUGUGAACCUAAAGAAGAGGAGCAUGAGAAUGGUGUCCAUAAUGGUCCUAUCAAUGUGGAGCAGGCAAAUGGUGUCCAUGGUGGCUCCAUUCAAGACGAGCAGAUGGAUGAUGUCCAUAAUGGUGAAUUUGGAAGCAGUAAUGGGGAAGUUGGAAGCAGCCAAAUGAGUAAUGGUUUGGCCGUCAAUAGUGCUGUGCUGAAGGUUGGACUGUUGAACUUGGACAGAAGUGGUGACAGUGAAGAUUUCUUUGAUCCGAAUGAAUCAAUGAGUGUCGCAAGUAAUACCGAGGGAGAUGAUGAUACUGAGGCAGAAAGUGCUGCAAGGCUUGCUACAUCAAGGGUAGAGUUUUUUGAUGCAUGGGAUGUAUUAUCCUCUGAGAGUGCAUCACAGUCUAUUCUUGGUGACAUUGAAGCUGAACUGCGUGGAAUAAGAUUGAGUUUACUCAUGGAGAUAGAGAAGAGGAAGCAGGCAGAAGAAGCUCUGAACAAGAUGCGAUGUAAGUGGCAAAGAAUCGGCCAAGAGUUGGCCGAUGUGGGCUUGUCACUGCCUGUGGAUCCUAUUGAUAUGACAGAGGAUGAGCUGGUGAAUCCAGCUGAAGAACUGAGGCAGCAAGUGGAUUUCGCACGAUUUGUAUCAUUAUCUGUGGGAAGGGGCAUUGCAAGGGCAGAGAUGGAGAUGGAGAUGGAAUCUCAAAUUGAAUCGAAGAACUUUGAAAUUGCCCGAUUGUGCGACCGGCUACACUAUUAUGAGACUGUCAAUCGGGAAAUGUCUCAGAGGAACCAAGAAGCUGUAGAGAUGGCACGGCGGCAUAGACAAAGGAAGAAAAGAAGGCAGAGAUGGGUUUGGGGUUCAAUUGCCGCUGCACUUACCCUCGGGACAGCAGCCUUGGCGUGGUCUUACCUCCCAACGGGAAAAGCAUCAUCUUCUGCUAGUAUUCCUCAUACUCCUGACAGUGAUGAUGCAGCUAAGUGAUAAUUAUUCGAUCACUAGAGCUACUACGAUAACCCUGUCAUCGUAGCAAGAGAAUAAGGUUCUUCGGGGGUACAUUCUUCCCUGUGAAUAGCAGUCUCCUGCUUUUGGUUGAGCACCAAUUUCUCUUCCAUGGGCCAUCCAGAGGAUGUACAGUACCAUCAAAAUAAUUUUUGAGUACUACUAGUUGUUCUUA